UUUGCUGAGCUUUCAUCAGUCAUACUUGAGAAUGCUUCUAAUUUGUGGUGGUAGACUUUUCUCAGCUUGAAGUGACUGCAGCUGUCUAGGCUAAGUCUUGCCUUCAACUGUGUUUUCACUGGACUUGCUUUUCCUUCCAGGAUUAAUUUUUCUCCGUCUAAUUUACAUGGUGAUAAGAAGUGCUAAUCCCACUCUGUCAGUCUGGACUGAUGAAUCUGAGGAAUAGAACAGAGCCCUGUGUUGUGUAAACGAACUGAUGGAUGAAGAUGAGAAGGACAGGGCAAAGAGGGCAUCACGCAACAAAUCUGAGAAGAAGAGGAGAGACCAGUUCAAUGUCCUCAUUAAAGAGCUUUGUACAAUGCUGCAGGGCCAUGGCCACCCUCUCAAGAUGGACAAAUCCACAAUACUGCAGAGGACCAUCGACUUCCUACAGAAACAGAAAGAAAUCACAGCACAGACAGAAGCCUGUCAGAUUAGACAAGACUGGAAGCCUUCAUUUCUUAGCAACGAAGAGUUCACUCAGUUGAUGUUAGAGGCACUAGAUGGCUUUCUCAUUGCUCUUACCACUGAUGGGAUUAUUAUUUAUGUAUCUGAUAGUGUUUCAUCUCUGCUAGGACACUUGCCGUCAGAUUUGGUGGACCAAAAUAUAUUAAACUUUCUGCCUGAGGGGGAGCAGAGUGAGGUGUACAAGCUCCUUUCUCCACAUGUGCUCAUGACAGAUCCUGUUGCAGCUGAUUUUCUAAAUGCAGAAAAACAAAUAGAGUUUUGUUGCCAUUUAGCAAGAGGCAGCUUAGAUCCAAAUGAACCCCUGAUGUACGAAUAUGUGAAAUUUGUAGUGGAUUUUAAAUAUUUUACUGAUGUGCCUACACCUUCCUGUAACGGCUUUGAGUCAGCUAUUGCACGAGCUUUCAGGUCAGCCACAGAGGAGCAGAUUUGCCUGGUAGCGACUGUUCGUCUUGUCACGCCUCAGUUCUUAAAGGAGCUCUGCAACACUGAAGAGCCAUGUGAAGAAUUUACAUCACGGCAUAGUUUAGAAUGGAAGUUUUUAUUCUUGGACCACAGGGCUCCACCUAUUAUAGGAUAUUUACCCUUUGAAGUUCUGGGAACAUCAGGGUAUGAUUACUACCACGCAGAUGACCUGGAGCUUCUUGCUAGGUGCCAUGAACACUUGAUGCAGUUUGGAAAAGGAAAGUCCUGUUACUAUCGGUUCCUGACCAAAGGGCAGCAGUGGAUAUGGCUGCAGACACACUACUACAUCACCUACCACCAGUGGAACUCCAAGCCUGAGUUCAUUGUUUGCACUCAUCUGGUAGUUAGUUAUGCAGAAGUUCGGGCUGAGAGAAGGCGAGAUCUUGGCCUUGAGGAGUCAUCGAUUGAACUGGCAUCCUCUUCUCUAAAGAGCCACAGCAGCUACCUGGACGUGGGGCAGUGCGGCAGCAGCCAGGAUGCCAGCCGAGAGGGAGUGUCGCUGUCAUCACACAGCUCCCAGCACUCCUCGCAUACCACCCUCUCCAACUCCACCUCCACAUCAUCCUUGCGGCGCACAGACACCAGCACUCCCACCCGGCCGUCAGUGCCGGGGGCUUCAGGGGAGAAGACAGCCCUGCGGCUGGCAACGGUCAGGAGCACUCAGGCCAUAGCCAUUCCUCAAGCUCCUGGUGAACGCCUCUGUCAGCACCCUGUGGCUCAGCUGGCAGGGCCCUCCCAGAACCCUCUGAUGCCAGUGUACCACUUCCCCACCCAACUGGGGAUGAUGCACCAGCUGAAAGAGCAGCUGGAGGAAAGGACUCGCAUACUGCAAGCUGACAUCAAGACGCAGCAAGAGGAGCUCCAUGUCAUCAAGGAGCAGCUCCAGCUCGUGCAGGACUCAAACCUGCAGAUGCUGAUGCAGCAGCCGAUCCCUGUCAUCUUAAACACUGUGCAGCAGCUGAGCCCCCGGAGGCCGCCGCCGCAGGGGACGCCCAGGCAGACCACAGCCAAGAAGUCACAGCAGCCAGUCCUCAUGGGGACAAAGCACUACUGCAGCACCCACCUGCUGUCACCGCACCCAUUCCUCAGGGACCCCUGUGGCACAGUCCCCCAGGUACAGCAGCAGAAGCAGCAGCAUCCAAUAAGAGGAAGCCAAGGCCAGCAAUUAUGUGUGCCAGGGCAGGCAAGCAUUUCAGUGCCCUUCUACAACAACCCCAUGGUGUUCUCCCAAACACACCCUAUCACUGUGGCUGCACAGGUGCCAACUGACAGCAGUGAGAGGCAACCACCAGCUGACUACAGCCAGGACAGGAGCCUCAGGAUGCUGUUGGAUCAGUCCAUCCAAGCCAUGAUGCCCACAGCCAACAGCAAUUGUCAGCCAUUGCAGAGCAGCGCCAGCAGGCAGCAAGGAAAGCUUGUUGCAGAGCAGCAGACCCUGCCUCCCCCAGCACAGGUGCAGCCAGUCACCUGCAGCACCAUCAGACCUCCAGCCCCACCACCCAUCUUCUCCCCGUCUCUAAUGAUCCCACACUCCAGCUUCACAUCCCACCAGGCCAGCACACCAGUUCAUCUGCACCAGUGGCCACAGCAGCAAGUUCAGCAGCACCACCUCUACCUUCAGAUGCAAGGUCCUGAGCUGGUGCCUGGGGCUCCGAUACAACGCAUUUUCCAGCCAUCCCACACUCCACAGCAGAAUCCCUUGAGCUACUUCCUCCAUCCGCAGCAGCAGAGCCACCACACACAGGGCCAGCCCUGCAACUUGCCUGACCUGCCCGAGAUGCAGCUGCCAUGAAAGUCGGUUCUGGGAGACAAGGCUGCGGCUGCUGUGCCCAGGCACAUACAGGAGAGCAGGACGCCAGCACAACACAGCACAGGAAGAGGUUGGGCUCCAUGGGGAGAUGAUGGCUGGAGGGAUGAUCCCUGACAGGGAUGCAUGGCUGCAAGAGCCUCGUUUGUUGGGUUUUCCAUGUUGCUGUUCCAGCAGCAGGGUGUGCCCUGGCUUGGCACCGUGGUGCCACUGGAAGUGGUGGCUUUCUUGCUGCAGGGGGGUGUGGUAACAGGCCAUCAUGAAGCUCAGUUUGCAAUGGAAAAAAACCUUUUCCAUUCAGGAUUUCAAUGCUGAAAGUCACUGUGAAUUUUAGCCCAGCAUUUGGAGCACAUAGACUGUACCAGUCUGCAGGACACCAUUGGAUUACCAUGUACAUAACUCGUUUUGCUGUAGUAGGUCCAUUGUGAAUUCUUUUUCCUUUUUCUAUACCUCAGUCCCACAGGUUUUUUUUUCCAGGAGUUUGGAUAAUGCUGCUAAUCUACAUAACACCACUUUUGCCUGAAUUUCUUACUGUUGUUAUACCAGCUCACAUCGCAGCUAGUACAAUAUUUGUCAUGUUUUACUUUUGGUUAACAAGCAAAACAUAAAAACAUACAAAUUUAUAUGUUUUUAUGUUUUUUACUCCCUGUAGCCAGAUAUUUUUCGGUUACAGAAAAAGAAUCUUUUUCUUUGUUAGUUUGUUUCAAGUGAGGUAGUUGUAUAUGUUUCUAUACAUGAAAACAAGCAAACAUGCAUAGAACAACGUAUGACAGCAAACUUUGUGGUUUUGCUAGGUCAUGUUUCAGUUUGGCAAACCCAAAAUGUAUAAUCAAACACAUGAUUUUUACAAGCCCAUAGGGUCAGCAAUAAAUUGUAUUUUUGUAAAUUGUCACUUUUUAAUGGUAAGUUUAUAUUUAUGAAUUGAAAAAGUUUAUUCGUCAGUGGGUGUAUAGUUAAGUGUCCCUACUGUUUGUGUCUUUCCAAAGGAAAAAUUAAAAAGUACAUAUUUGAAGUGUUAGUAGCUGAAUACUAACUUUGGGCAUUUUUACAUGCCAAAUGUAGAUGGGUUUGGCCAUUACUAUAAACUUCGCAAGGCAGUGGUUAGUUAGGACCAGGUCCAUCUACCAGUAAAGCUCCAGCUGGCAGACAGCAAGGUUUAGAGAGGAGUUAGUUCCUAAUGUUUAGUUCCUAAUAUCUGUUGAAAUCAAGAAAAGCAUGCUUGGUUUUGCCUUUUUUUUUUUUCCCUUAAACAGUGUUUUUGGGGUUUUUUUUGUUUCUUUCUUUUCCUUCUACAAACCACUUUCUGGGCCCCUUACAGCACUGCAGCAGCUGGUGUUCCUGAUGUUACUGGUGGAGCAGCUUUUGGCACAAGCAGCUGCAAGCAGCCCUGUGUUUCAAGAAAAGGGUGCAGUGGGGCUCCUCCAGCCCUGGAACACCAGGGACUCUUUUCCAGCAGUUCUUCCUGGGGAAGGGGAUGGGUUUUUGCUGUGCCACAUUGUAUGGGGGAGUCGCAGUGGGAGGACAGGCUACUGGAGCUGGGACCAGGCAGGAGCUUUCAGGGACUGGUGCAAGGCCCUAGGGUGCUUUGGUGUUUUGGCCAGGUUAGAAGUGGAUAUGUGAGCAAAAGCUGUGCCAACCUGUGGCUAUUCUUGGGUGCCCUCCCUUGGGCAAAGCAGCUGCACGGGUUAGCUUUGACUGGGAUGUUAAAUGCUCAGCUCCCAGGGGUACCAGACAUGAUGGAUCAAUGGUGGCAGAGCUGGCCACAUGCAGCAUUUUGGGGAAUGUAGUUGGCCACAGAAUAGAGCCAAUGAGAUGCCCAGCAGCCUGGGGUCCAAAAUUAAGGCUCAUGCCUUGUCAGCACAGUCCCUGGCUGGGCCCCAACCCACACAGCACAUACAGCCCCUGGGUGCUGGGCUUGCUUGUACAAGCUGCUCUUGUACACAUUCUGAGCCAGCCCCUCCAUUUCAAACCAUGACAAGAAAUCAUGACUACCACAGAGUCAUGGGCCAGGGCCACCUCACUGCUGGUAGUGGGAUUUGGAACACCUGCCUUUAUGGGGCAAUCUGGAGCUGAAAUAAUAACACCCGGGGCUUUCCUGCUCUGCAUGUUUGUUCUGCAGUAAGGGCAAGAACAGAGCCUUCAGAGUAGGAAACUUCUGUUUCUAAAGCACUAUUAGUUUUAGGGUCUCCCUCUCCCCAUUCUAAGGCAGCAAGGGUUGCUCAUGAGGAUGCAGAAGGAAGGAGUUGUAUUUUUAGGAGUUGGUUGUGGGAUUUUUUUCCACCAUAGCCUUGGCACAUAACAUUAGAAGGGAAGCAAACAUAUCUGUGUUAGGGCUCCAGCAUUGCAGUGUGUAGCUCAAGCUGUGUGGCUGGAGGGAAAGAACAUGAUUUCCCUGGCUUCCCCAUUAAACCUGCAUCACCCCAACACAUCCCCAUGGCUGGUCUGCAGUGUCCCAUCACCACAGCGCCCAGCAGGUGGCAAUCAAAUGGAUCUUAGAGGUGGUGGUGUUUGGGGUCAGGGGCUAGAGAGUUGUAUUUUUUUAACAGAGCUUGGUAGGGAAGUAGCUGAGGCAGAGCAGUUUUCUGGCUUUGCUGUGGCUUUGACAGUGAGUCCAAAAAAAAUAGGGUUGGGGAGGGGUUCGGGGGGGGUGUGCCAGAUGGGUCUGUGCCCUGGGCAGAGCCUUGCUGAUGGCAGCCCUGGUCUGCAGGGACAGAGGGCUGGGGGCAGAGCCCCUGCUCACAGCUCCCAGCAAAGGGCACAGCAGCUUAGUGAGGAUGUUCAUAUAUUAGAACAGCCUUGUUAAAACCAGAGACAAAAAAAAUGCACUUUAUCAUGGCCUCCCCCAAACUCUCAGAGCCCUCCCAGCCACUGGCCUUGCUGCUGGUGCAUGGGGGCUGCACUGUCCCAGGCACUGCCUCACAAGCAGGGCCUUGUUUUCUCAACAUACUCCAAAGGACAAAAUCCCACCGACCCUUUCUGGGGCUUGCUUGGUCUUUGCACAGUCUGCCUCCAGCCAAGGGCAAGUCUGAAUCAGGGCCAGGGGGGUUUUGCCUUACAUUGUCACUCUCAAAAAAAUAGAUGGAUAAAAAAAUCUCUUUGUUCAGGUUGAAUUAUAUUUGUUUACCUCGGUGUUAGCUAUGACCUGUGUUUUUAUGACUCAUUUCAAAUUGGGGGUUGCUGGUGGAUUUGGUUCAUAACCCCCCCAGCUGCCUACAAGAAAACCUAAGUGUGAUUUGUUGGUGAUAAGCAGAGGGCAGGGAUGUAACUGAUAGCAGCAGGGCUAGCCUCCGGUAUCAGUGUUGACCUAUCAGUCAUAAUGUUCUGAGGUUUUCUAUUACACAAGUACCUAUAUAACUAUAUAUAGAUAUACACAUUUUUAAUAUACAUUUAUAUGUAUGCAGAUGUAUAUCUAUAUAUAAAUAGAGAUAAGCCACACAAUUCCAGAUGUCUGAAAACACGGGCAGCUUUAAAUAAUAAAGUCUUGCACUUUUAGUAUAUUUGUACAUAUAAGCUAAUGCCUGGUGGGUAUAAUCAGGCUGAUUUGACAAACACAAUGAGAAGUUACUGUAUAUAUUGUAUAUAGUCCAUGCAAGAAAAAAAAAAUAAAAAGUCUAGAAUUGAGUAUAAGUCUUGGUUUAUUUUAUAUGAUGUUGAAUAUAAAUACAUUUAUAAAUGGUACUAUUCUUAAAAUUAUUUUGUAAUGGGAAAAAGUGUCUUAUGAAGAUGAACAGUAAAGAUUUUAUUCUUGUUUUGAAUCUAUGUCCCUGCACAGCUCCACUGGAUGGGAGCCCAUGUAUUAUGAUGAGCUUUAAACAGAUUGUAUAUAGUAUUUAAAAAAAAAUUAAGAUGAAAUAAAAUAAUACUUGUAGGACCUCU